UUCCAGAAAGCAUUCCGGCGGGCAGCGGCUUAUGCCCCCGGGGCCUGGGCACCCCGUGGUCUCAGGACACGCAGCGUUCGUGCCCCCGAGGGAACAGUCCAGGCGCUGGCGCGGCGGUGAACAGCCUGCGAGAAGCCGCACCGGAAGCGGGACGCCGGCCACCAUGGCCGCGCCGGCCUCCCACCAGCUGGAGGACGACGAGAGCCUGAAGGGAUGUGAGCUGUACGUGCAGAAGCACGGCGUCCAGCAGGUGCUCAAGGAUUGUAUCGUGCGCCUCUGCAUCGCCAAGCCCGAGCGCCCCAUGAGGUUCCUGCGGGAACACUUUGAAAAGCUGGAGAAGGAGGAGCACAGGCAGCUCUUGGCACAGAAGUCAGCUGCCCAGUCUGACUCGCACGAUGAGGACGCGUCCCCGACGCUGCCCAACCCGGUGGUGAAAGCCCGCCGGCGCCGUGGGGGCGUGAGCGCGGAGGUGUACACGGAGGAGGAUGCCGUGUCCUACGUCAGGAAGGUCAUUCCCAAGGACUACAAGACCAUGACCGCGCUGGCCAAAGCCAUCUCCAGGAACGUGCUGUUUGCUCAUCUGGACGACAACGAGAGAAGUGACAUAUUCGAUGCCAUGUUCCCCGUCACUCACAUCGCUGGGGAGACGGUUAUACAGCAAGGGGAUGAAGGAGACAACUUCUAUGUAGUGGACCAAGGAGAAGUCGAUGUGUAUGUGAACGGAGAGUGGGUGACCAGCAUCAGCGAGGGUGGCAGCUUCGGGGAGCUCGCACUCAUCUAUGGCACCCCCCGGGCGGCCACCGUGAAAGCCAAGACUGACCUCAAGCUCUGGGGCAUCGACCGUGACAGCUACCGCCGUAUUCUCAUGGGCAGCACACUGAGGAAACGCAAGAUGUACGAGGAGUUCCUCAGCAAGGUCUCCAUCCUGGAGUCCUUGGAGAAGUGGGAGCGCCUGACGGUGGCCGACGCCCUGGAGACUGUCCAGUUUGAAGAUGGAGAGAAGAUAGUCGUUCAGGGGCAGCCUGGGGACGACUUCUUCAUCAUCACAGAGGGCACAGCCUCCGUCCUCCAGCGCCGGUCCCCCAACGAGGAGUACGUGGAGGUCGGGCGCCUUGGGCCCUCCGACUACUUCGGGGAGAUCGCGCUGCUGCUGAACCGGCCCCGGGCGGCCACUGUGGUGGCCCGGGGGCCCCUCAAGUGUGUCAAGCUGGACCGGCCCCGCUUCGAACGCGUGCUGGGCCCCUGCUCCGAGAUCCUGAAGAGGAACAUCCAACGUUACAACAGCUUCAUCUCCCUGACCGUCUGAGCCGCCGGCCCCGCCGCCCGCCCGCCCCCUGUGUGCCGGCUGCUCCUCUGUGUCCCUGAGGCCGUGGAGUGGGGGCUGGUAUCCCAGCAGCGUGGGGACUGCCCCUCCCUCCGUUCUCACAUUUGGAAUUAAAUAGUCACAUGUGCAUUUCAACACAAAGGGGCAAAGGGAGGCCCAGGAGGCCCUGCUCACCUCUCCCCACCCCCCUCUUCCCUGCUUCCCUCCGUCCCUUUGGGCUCCUUUCAGGGCACUGCUCCCUCUGCCCAAGUCUUCUGGGGGAUAACAGCGUUUGCCCACCCGCAGCUGAGGGGCCAGACUAGGGGAGUCCAGGUGGCCCUGUCCGUGGGCUGGCUGGGUCCUGCUGGAGCCGAGGGAAGGAUGAGGGCCACACACUCUGUAACCUCCUCUCUGGAGGCUGGCCAGGCAGCGGCCCAGACCCAGGGCUCUGGGAUGGCAGGUUCCCAGGUCUGGAGUCUAACGUGGGGCGGGGCUGUCCAAGGGGGUGUCCCACAGGCCCUCCCUCACACGGCCCUGUGGAAGGUGCUAGGCUUGGGAGAGCCUCUGGAUGACAAGCCGAUCGUGGUCUCAGAGAGGGGCAAGUCCCUCGUCAGGCCCUGACUCCAGCUUCAGGUGACCCUGCAUGGCUUACAGUCCCUGUCGGGUGGUCGGGGACACUGGCCAGUUUGCCAGACAGAUUCCCCCCUCACCCUCACUGGGCCGAGACACCCAGGACAGGAAGCGGGUGCCAUGUGAGGCUGGAGCUCCCUGAGACCCCGUGAGUGCUGUUCUCUCGGGGUCAGGUGACUGGCUUCUGGGAGGCCUGGUGAGGGAGGGCAUAGAGGAGGGAUUCUGUCAGACAUGCGCUGGCACCAGAGUCCCCUGUGUGUCACCCUCCGGCACACAUGUCUCCCUUAAGCAGGCGGCCUGCGCCCCAUACACCCAAGUCGUCUGUCAGUUGAAUCCUGUCCAAGUACCUUCAAUGACCGGCAGGCGUGGGCCACAUGGUGGCUUCCGGUGACCUGAAAUCGUGCCCUUGACGCGAGCUGGCACCUGCCUGGGCUGCUGCCUGGGCAGGGGACCCCUGCGGCCUGUGGAUGCUUCUGUGAUGUGUACUCCCCCAUUUAUCGUGAUGAUCUCAGUGCUGCAUGUGCCAUUAAAUGGGCAAUGAAGUGCCUCCCGACUGGGCAUUGUGAUCUGAAAGCGUUCAUGGAAGCUUUUUCUCUUUUGUUUUUAUUGUGGUAAAAUAUUAAUGACAUAAAACUUACCAUUUCCACCAUUUUUAAGUGUCCAUUUCAGGGGCAUUAGGCAGUCACACUGCCAUCGCCACCAUCGUCCCAGACUGAAACUCUGUCCCCAUUAAACUCUAACUUCCCCCCUCCCCAGCCCCUGCACUGGCGGUCUGUGCAGAAACUCAUUUACUAAUAGGUUUGUUUAACCCAGUCCAAAAUAUUCCCGUU